AUGCCCUCCCUCUCCCCUCCCAUUGCCCGUCUCCUGCACAUACGCCGCCUGUCCAAGUCCGCUCGAGAUUACCUACUCCGCUUCGCCGCCAUCGCGAAGGAACACUCCGAGCAGCCCCCGCCCCUGCCUCUUCCGUCUUCACGACCACGGUCCCCACACCCGUACGACUACAACCGUCUCAUGUCCGCGCUCGCUGCUUCAGUUGGCGGUGACCACCCAAGCGCCGGCGCCGAGCGGGCCCUCCACCUGCUCGACGAAAUGCGGAGCCUUAUGGGGCGCCGCCCCGAUGCCGCCUGCUUCACCACGGCCGCCGCGGCGUUCUCAUCGGCGUCUCAACCGGGAGCCGCGCUCGCCGUGCUAAACGCCAUGGCCGCCGAUGGCGUCGUGCCUGACACGGCCGCGUGCACUGUUCUCGUCGGGGUGUACGCCUGCCGCUUGCAUUGGUUCGACGCGGCCUACGAGGUCGUGAGGUGGAUGGCGGCGAACGGCGUGGCCCCGGACGUAGUCACAUACUCGACCCUGAUAUCUGGGCUGUGCAGUGCCGGACGGGUGGCUGAGGCACUUGGCGUGCUGGACUUGAUGCUGGAGGAAGGGUGCCAGCCCAAUGCUCACACGUAUACGCCCAUCCUGCACGCCUACUGCACGAGUGGUAUGAUACAUGAGGCCAAGGAUCUCUUGGAAACGAUGGUUGCAGCUGGUUUUGCACCAAGCACAGCCACUUACAAUGUCCUGGUUGAAGCUCUAUGCAAGGCUUGUGCUUUCGAGGAAGUAGAUAAGCUUCUUGAGGAGAGCAGUGCAAAAGGGUGGACACCAGAUACAAUCACAUACAGUACUUACAUGGAUGGACUGUGCAAAAAUGGCAGAGUAGAUAAGAGCCUUGCAUUGGUAGAUAAGAUGUUGUCUGUUGGGCUGCGUCCCAAUGAGAUUACUCUGAAUAUCCUCCUUGAUGGGGUUUGCCGCAGGUCAACUGCAUGGGCUGCAAAGUGCCUCUUGGAGUGCAGUGCAGAGAUUGGAUGGCAUGUCAAUGUUGUCAACUACAACACUGUGAUGAGGAGGCUUUGUGAUGAGCGGAGAUGGUUGGCUGUUGUCAAGCUCUUCGUCGAUAUGGUCAAGAAGGGAAUUGCUCCAAAUAGCUGGACUUUCAGCAUUGUGAUCCACAGUCUCUGUAAACUUGGGAAGCUUCAUGAAGCACUUUGCUUGCUUGGAAGUGAAGAGUUUGUCGCUAAUGUUGUGACAUACAAUACUUUGAUCCGUCAUCUCAAUUUCCUGGGGAAAUCUUGUGAGGCCUAUCUCCUGCUUCAUGAGAUGAUUGAGAAAGGAGGGCACACCGCCGGCCUGGCCGCCUGGGGCCACGCCGGGGAGGGGAGGGAGGUCGGGGUUCCAGUUGCUCGUGCCGGAAGGAGGGAGGUCGGGGCGCGCCGGAGAGAGGGAGGUCGGGGCGCGUCGGAGGAGAGGAUUGGGGAGGGCGGCCGUCGGAGGAGAGGAUUGGGGAGGUCGGGGACGCAAGGCCACGGCGGAGCCGCCCACUCCUGCGCCCGCAAGGCUGCGGGGCGGAGCCGCUCCGGACUGCGUCCGCCGUGUGGCUCGCGUCCGGCGGAGCACGCUGGAGGGAGGGAGGUCGCGGAGCGGCGCGCGUCGGAGGGAGGAGAGGAGAGGAGAGGACUGGGGCGGAGCAGAGCACGCCGGAGGGAGGGAUGGAGGCCGGGGAAGGAGGGGACCGGGGCAGAGCAAGGAGGGAUGGAGGCCGGGGAAGGAGGAGACGGGAGGACUCGUGGAGGAAGACGAGAGAAAGAAAGAAAGAUCGAAACGGUACGUGUGUAA